CGUGUCUAUGUUCAACGCUCCUGUCUUAUUCUUAACAUGUAUAAAAGACGGGGGAGGCUCACUUUGUUGAUGACACGACCGCAGUAGUAUUGUUACUACGUACUACUAUUUUAUUAUUAUUACGCAAGCGAGCGCCAUCUUGAUUACACACUCGCCAUGGAUCGCAAACAUACACCUAGUUUCAACUUUGUCAAUCUCCAGCACCCCGAUGACCUCAAGAGUGAGGAGACGCAGCUCCGCAUCCGCCGCCUGGCCAUGACCGAGGUCGGCAAGGCGAGGAGGAAGCCCAAGACGAAACGCGCUCGGCACGAGAUUUUGCUCGAGUUUCGGAGCCCGCCCGAGAGCCGUGUGGAUAUUGAUCGCUUUGGUGGCGGUCAGCUGGACCCAUUUUCCCCGUAUCCCGUACAGCUCGAUGAUUCAGAUCGAGCAUUGCUAGCCAACGUCUUUGUCACUGAAGACAACAACCAUCCUACCGUUCUGCGGGGAUCUUGGUAUCCCGUUGGACUUAGUAAUCCCGCCGCCUUCUACAGCAUGCUUUCCAACUCGCAGAAUUUCUUAUUCGCCAGAAAACAUGGCUACUUUCCUUCUCAGGACGACAAUGUUGCGCUAAAGUAUCAUCACAAGGCUCUUCGCCACACCCUUAAGCAGUUACAGGACCCAGAGGCGCAUCAGAGUGAAGAGAUCAUAGGCUGCAUAGCUGCCUUUAUGAUACAUCAUACUUUUCUAGGCAAUUUCACAAGCAAUGAAUGGCAAAACCAUGCCAAUGCUUUACUAAAAGUCGUGGCGCUAAGAGGUGGCUAUGAUACUAUUACGACGGAACAUUUCCGAAUCACUGUGAGCUGGGCAGAUCUGUUAGCGAGUUUCUUUCAGGACACUAGCCCUGUUGUUCCAAUGCCGUCGAAAUGGAUUGUAGACUCGAAACUGGCGCCAAACAUGCCGCGGCCCUACAAUCGCAUCUCCUUGUCGUGGAAGAAGCGACUACCCAGGUGGCUGGAUUGGGUCUCCAUCUUUGAUGAUAUCGUCCAGAUGAUAUCGUUGGACCAGACGUUCAACGAGAGACAACUCAUGCUAGCUAUCACGAGCGGAAGCUGGACAGAGCCGACCCUGUACCGCCUCCUCUCUAUACGGCCAUUGGAAAACGGCAGCAGCUGGGAAUACGUCAUGGAAGAGGUUUGUCGGCUGGGUACACUGCUUUUCCUGGCGCCGAUAUGGAGAGCGCUGGGCCAAACGCCAGUAAGGACUGCCAUGAUGUCGCGCAAACUGCUGCUUGUCCUGGUGGAAAACAUGGGUGAAUGGAACGAGCUGAAGCCCCUGCUCGUCUGGGCACUCUACUUCGCCGCCAUCGAGACGCAAGAUUUGGGAGAGCGCAGCCAGUUUGUCUUGAUGCUCGGCAUUGUCAUGAAUGGCAUGCACCUGCAGGAAUGGGAGGAGGUCAUGGAAAUCGUCAAGGACGUCUUGUGGGUAGAAAAGGUGCUCGCUGGCACUGAUGAGCUCAUUCGAGACGAAGUUAUGCAGAUUGCGCAUCAGCAACAACAACAACAGCAGCAGCAACAACAAUUCGCUGUGAGCACCCCUGGCUCAGACGGGUAUUCCGUCUGA